GUUAUUCUUUACUCCACGCACACACAUACUGGCAGCCGGGACGAGGGAAGACGUCAUGGUUUGAUUCCCGCUGCACUUGCAAUGAUUCUGACAUUACUCGGCAAAUUCCUCGGUCUAGAGGGACAAUGAAGGCGGGGGCUUCGUCCAUGUGGGCGUCAUGCUGCGGACUGCUGAACGAAGUGAUGGGCACUGGCACGGUGCGGGCCCAGCAGCCAGGUUUCGGAGCCGGUGCGGGGCCCUUCCGCUUCGCCCCCAGCGCGGGAUACUCCACCUACCCCCCCAGCAGCUCAGGGAGCGCCGGUCAGUUGUGCAAAGCCUGUGGACUGGCCUUCUCCGUCUUCAGACGCAAGCACGUCUGCUGCGACUGUAAGAAGAACUUCUGUGCCCUGUGCUCGGUUCUCCAGGAGAACCUGCGCUGCUGCACCACGUGCCACCUCCUGCGAGGAACCGCCUUCCAGAGACCUCGAUUGAUGCAGCUGCGGGUCAAAGACCUGCGUCAGUACCUGUUGCUGCGCAACAUCCCCACCGACACAUGCAGGGAAAAGGAAGAUCUGGUGGACCUGGUGCUCUGUCACCAGGGGCAAAGCGAGAUCCCCAGGCCUGUGAUGGAAGAGAACGAGGAGGACGAAGAGGAGGAGGAGGACGAAGGCCCGCAGGAAGAGGAGGACGACGACGACACAGACAGUCUCCAUUCUAACGCAGCGUCUCCUCCCUCCCCGGCUCACUCCGCCUCUGAUCAGUCUGUGGCUUCUGCCUCUCAGGGAGUCGUGCUCUCACCCAGUGACAGCUCAGGGACCACCAGCCAGGAGCACGAGGGGACUCCCACAGCAUCCCUCUUGAAUCUGGAUAACUCUGAGAACAUCAUCGAGGUCAGCCCGGCGACGCAGAGGAGGAUCAGGGCCUCGCUGUCGGACCUGGAUACUGAGGAGGCCAUAGAGAACCUCUCUGUCCGGCAGCUGAAGGAGAUCCUGGCCAGGAACUUUGUGAAUUAUUCCGGCUGCUGUGAGAAGUGGGAGCUGCUGGAGCGUGUGCAUCGACUCUACAGGGAGAACGAACAGAACAGAAAAUCCAUGGAAAACGUCAGCAUAACCGCAGUUGUAGCGUAUCCCCCUCCGCUGUGCAACAGUGGAGUGCGAGACGGCGUCAAAGCCCAGCUGGCCUCGGACGAGAACCUUUGUCGCAUCUGCAUGGAUGCCAUCAUCGACUGUGUGCUGCUGGAGUGCGGUCACAUGGUCACCUGCACAAAGUGCGGCAAGAGGAUGAGCGAGUGUCCCAUCUGCAGGCAGUACGUGGUGCGGGCCGUCCAUGUCUUCAAGUCCUAGGUGCUGGAUCCAAGAUAGGCAGGGAACACCUGCCCCGGACCAUGGUCCCAAGACUGUGGAGCCCACCCAGGUUCUUUCUCCCCCCUCCCACCACCACCACCACCACCCCACCCCCAUCCUCAUCUGUCCAGUGGCCGACUGAGACUGUUUAAAACUCAGCAGCGAUGGUUCUGAAGAACAGCCGGGUGGAAACACAAGAGGGUUUGAGACAACACGGUGCCACAACAGGCUGGAGCCUUCAGUGUGCAAUAUCACAUAGAAGAGAGUUUUAUAAAGAUAUCUAUUGUUGACGUGCAUCAAGUCGUCUCACCUCACCGACUAGAAGGUGCAGGAUGCUGAGAACUUGCCUUCAGUUUAUAUUUACUUUCAGUUUCACAGCGUCAUGUGUGGAGUGAGUGAGUGUGUGUGAGUGAGUGAACGCCCUUCUUACUGAAAAAAAAAAAAAAAAACAUUGCCAUUUCAAACUGAAAUCUAUGAUGGUCGUGAAAGAAUUGUGGCAGAAUCCUACUUUUCCUUUUCAGUCUGAGGACAACGUGAAGGAGCGUGUUAAGCUUUAAAAAUUAAAUGGGAGUGAAACAUAAAUUGUUACUUGGGUAUAUAUAUAUAUAUAUAUAUAUAUAUAU